GACGAAACAAAUAUCCAAAUAUCGCAUCAUGGCGGUCAGAGGUCAAGGGCAGUUGACCCUGUUCUCUGUACUGAUGAGAGUCCUGCUGGUGUUUGUUGGUGUCCAGACUCAGGCCAUCACCACGUCAGACUCCUCCCAGGGGGUGUGUACAGUCAAGGGGAGGGUAUUCACACAGAGGAAGUAAGUCACUCUCUUUAAUGACAGGUCUAUCCUCUUUUAGAACCAUCAUCCUUCUCAACCAUCAUCCUUUUCGCGCAACCAUCAUCCUUCUAUCCACCUCCUUCUCAACCAUCACCCUUCUCAACCAUCACCCUUCUAAACCAUCAUCCUUCUCAACCAUCACCCUUCUCAACCAUCACCCUUCUAAACCAUCAUCCUUCUCAACCAUCACCCUUCUCAACCACCACCCUUCUCAACCAUCACCCUUCUCAACCAUCACCCUUCGCAACCAUCAUCCUUCUCAACCAUCAUUCUUCUCAAGCAUCACCCUUCUCAACCAUCACCCUUCGCAACCAUCAUCCUUCUCAACCAUCAUUCUUCUCAAGCAUCACCCUUCUCAAUCAUCACCCUUCUAUCCACCUCCUUCCCAAUCAUCACCCUUUUCAAUCAUCACCCUUCUAUCCACCUCCUUCUCAAUCAUCACCCUUCUAUCCACCUCCUUCCCAAUCAUCACCCUUCUAUCCACCUCCUUCCCAAUCAUCACCCUUAUAUCCACCUCCUUCCCAAUCAUCACCCUUCUAUCCACCUCCUUCCCAAUCAUCACCCUUCUAUCCACCUCCUUCCCAAUCAUCACCCUUCUAUCCACCUCCUUCCCAAUCAUCACCCUUCUAUCCACCUCCUUCGCAAUCAUCACCCUUUUAUCAACCCAUGAUUAGCUCUCCUACAAGCUUACUAUGAUAAGCUCUCCUACAAGAUUACUAUGAUAAGCUCUCCUACAAGAUUACUAUGAUAAGCUCUCCUACAAGAUUACUAUGAUUAGCUCUCUCACAAGCUUACUAUACCCUCUGCCACAAGCUUAUCAUGAUUAGCUCUCCCACAAGCUUAUCAUGAUUAGCUCUCCCACAAGCUUAUCAUGAUUAGCUCUCCCACAAGCUUAUCAUGAUUAGCUCUCCCACAAGCUUAUCAUGAUUAGCUCUCCCACAAGCUUAUUAUGAGUAAUGACAGACCCUAAGAUUUAAUCCACCUUUUUUAUUUUUAAUAUUAUACCGGCUCAAUAAAUCAAAGACGAUAUCAUUGACCACUAACUGACCACUUGUACAUUUACUCCCACCAGCUGGUAUGGGUACCUGGUCCACAAAGCUUUCCACCGAGACUACGCCAAGAUCCAGUACCAGAUUACCUACCCGGUCAAGGAGUGCUGCGCUAAUCUCUUAAUCUAUUAUGAUGACCAGGUCAAGCAGCUGCGGUCAUCUAUGACAUGCGAGGACAGGCUGGCUGUGCUACCUCCGGAUAACAACCAGGUUAAAAUAAGUUAUCUCUGACCACUGGUCAUUUAACUCACAUGUAGAGAGCAGAGAGAUGUUUUUAAGUAAUUAACAGAUUUUUUAAAAAAAUAGUAUUACCAUCUUGUAUAAAUAAUUUGCUGACCCUAAUAGCAUCAUUAAACUGACCAUCCGAACUGUAGGUGAUCCCACUCAGGGCCAGCAACGACUCAAGCGGCUGCACUCUGUGGAACGAGACGGGGGAGGCCUUCUACGUGUGCCUAGGAGAGAGAAUCUUUCGAUCCUCCGUUCCCAGGACCUGGUUCUUUGCCAUCAGCAGAUGUGACAGGAGCGGUCCAUUAAAUCUGAACUACGUCUUCAACAUCACAGGUAACAGGGAGUUGGGCUGAGAAAUAUAUAAUGUUUUUUAAUCGUUUUUUUUUUUUUCAUUGAAAGUGGGGGUGUGAGAAAGGGGCUGGGUUUUUUGGAAAAUGUCAUGGUACAUUUUUAAUUCAGUGGUACAAUGGGCUACACCCAUAGUGAAAAUGUCCACUGUGAUUGGUCAGUCUUGUUAAUAUGGUCAGUCUUGUUAAUAUGGUCAGUCUUGUUAAUAUGGUCAGUCUUGUUAAUAUGGUCAGUCUUGUUAAUAUGGUCAGUCUUGUUAACAUGAAACCCUUAGGCCACAAUGUUUUUACUAUUUCAUCUAGAGCAGUGAUCCCUAAACUAUUAAGCGUAGUGGUCCUGUGAAUAAGUUGGCCCCUGCACAAGAGACAGGUGUCAGAUUUAGUCAUUAUUUUCGUACUUCCUAUGUGUCAGAAAUUAUUUCAAAGUCUGCAAUAAGCCCGUGUGUGAGUAAUCCAUUUAAUGCUUGCUCUUACAAGUUUUUAUGUUACGUUCGUUAAACUUUAUGUACCUUUUAUCCAAUUUCUCGUCUCAUAUUGUGGGUACUGGCAAGGUAAGGCCAGCUAACAACCACUUUGGGAAAGAUACCAAGAAUCCAUCAAUGAAAAAUAGGAUUAGUGUUAAAAAGUUGUUUUUUUUAUUUAAAGAAUGAGCCAUAGAUAUUUGAAAGUAAAAAAAAAAAAGAAAAACACUGAAUGGUAAAAAAACAAACAAUUCUUUUUGCAGAAUACAUAUAAAUCAAAGCAUCAUUGUCAUAAUAUCAAAGCGUGAUUGUUAUAAUAUCAAAGCGUGAUUGUUAUAAUAUCAAAGCGUGAUUGUUAUAAUAUCAAAGCGUGAUUGUUAUAAUAUCAAAGCGUGAUUGUUAUAAUAUCAAAGCGUGAUUGUUAUAAUAUCAAAGCAUCAUUAUAACUAUCUGACUUGUCUAUUUUAUUUGUCUAAUCCCCCACCAUUUCUGUCCCUGACCAGGUUACUAUGGUGAGUGUGAAGAUGACCCACUGGCUCCCUCGUCAGGCUGGAACUCCUACGUUGGAUACCUCGAGAACAACCAAGAGUCCUCCACCAGUGAGGACGUCUAUAAAUACCUCUCCAUUUCCCUCGGGAUCGUAGCAGGGAUUGGCCUCAUUUUGGCCGCUGUGUUCUUCGGCCUGUGGUUCAUGGGCAUGAAGAAUGCAUCCAAGGCCAAAGGAAGCUCUGUGACGUCGUCGCAGGCAACCAUGACGCAAGAUGACAUCUUCUAUGUCAACCCGUCGCUGUCGGACAGAGAGCAGGCGGACUACAGUCAGAGCAGUUCAGAGAAUUACUAUGAGGUGAUUCCGGAACGUAGAAGCUAUGAGAGUAUCAACACCGGACUGGCCAACGGUGGGGUCCACCUGCGACCCCUGAGGUCGGUCCACGGCUCAAUCGGCCACCACCCUCAUGGCCAUCAUCAUGCCCACGGCCACCUGCACCAUCAGCACCAAGCCCACAUGGCCCAGCCCAAGGAGAACCCCAACAUCAGGGGCGUUCCCUACCUGUUUGAGGACUAUCCACCCCCACCUUACCAACCCCCUCGGCUGCUGGGUAUUGCUAAGAACAACGCCCUGGGCCACCCCCCUGGUCACAGUCACACCCUCUCCCUUCCGACCAAUCAGCGUCAGCGGCCUGCCCUCAUCCAUCAUGCUUACCACUCUAGUCUGG